CUAAGGUAACCCAAGUAUCGCGACAUCUGCGACCUUGACUUCGGGUUCAUAGAUUCCAUGGCAGCAUUUCUAAGAUCACACCACUCGAUCGGCCUCGCAAUGUCUUGCCAGCCACGGGGAUCACAUCACCUGCGCUAAAAACUACCAUGGAGACAUGGACCAUAAAUACGUAUCUCCCCGUCCAUGGGGUGUCCGUCCAUGGGGUGUCCGUCCAAUUAAAUUCUGCAUCUCGGACACUUAGUUGGUAACCCUGAGGCAGGUGAAUAAACUAUACACCAUAAACUUUCAUACUCCCAUACCAGAUCAGAAGCCAACCAUGAUCCUCUUUGAAACGACCGAAUCAGUGAUCGAAGUCCUCUGGGACAUCGCGCUGGCCUUCUUUGUCGUCCGCCUCGCCCUUCUCUACGCCGUGCUCACCUUUGGGUCGGUCCUGACCGUGGAGCUCCUCCUGCACCGCCUCCCUCCCACAAGUGCUCUCUCCGUUGCUGCCCCUGACAAGGGCCGCCUGCUGCUGCCGUUCCUCUUACUGACCGUCUCAACCAUAUGGGCGCGCUUCCUCGUCGCGCACUUCCAGGUGCCGCGCAAUGUGCCAUUCCGCCUGGCGGUGGGCGUCACGGCCGCCGCGCUGGGCAUGAUUGGGGAGAGCCUGGUGCGGUUGGUGCUGUAUGAGGGCGGGUGGUGGAGUGUAGGGGAAUGGAUGAGGGUUGGCUGGAAAGUCUGGGCCCCCAUGAUGAUGGCGUUCGCAGUCAUGCCAGCGGUGCAGAUGGCCUUUGAGAAGGGUUGGGAGGCCGUUGAGGAGGAGGUGGAGGAGCUGAGGCAUAGGCAUGCGAAGAAGAGUAUUAGGGAUGCUGUGUAAGUUGUUCCAUGUAUGAAUAGGAGUUGUUCGCGGGCGUGCAAGAUGAUGCUGAUGAACGAUACCCUACCCUAGCCCGUCUGUUAGCGUUUCGGAGA